UUUGCCCUAUGGGGUCAUAAUGGACAGGGAAGAUCUCUGGCAUUCAGCUUUGGGGGCUGUCUGGGAUCCUACUUGUCGGUUAGAGGGACAACAGGAAAGAUAUCUGUGCCAAGUGACAGUGGCCCAAAAGGAAAUCUUUAAUGAGAAGAGUGAGUGUGGAGGUAAUAAAACUGAAAAAUGUUCCAUUGAUGGUUCAGUGCUCAAUACACCACAAAGCAUUCCUGUGAAAAUAAGACCUCAUAAUGGGAAUUCAUACGGAAAAGAUUCUAAACAAAAUUCCAAGUUAAUGAAAACUUCAAGAAUAUUUGUACGAAAGAAAAUACAUGGAUGUGAUGAGUGUGGGAAAACCUUCAGCCAGAGUUCAUCCCUGCUUAAGCACCAGAGGAUUCACACUGGGGAGAAAGCUUAUACAUGCAAUGUUUGUGACAAGCAUUUCAUCAAACACUCCUCCCUCACUGUACAUCAAAGGACUCAUACAGGAGAAAAACCCUACAAAUGUAAUGAGUGUGGGAAAGCCUUUAGUCAGAGUAUGAACCUCACUGUUCAUCAAAGAACUCAUACUGGAGAGAAACCUUAUCAAUGCAAAGAGUGUGGGAAAGCAUUCCGUAAGAACUCAUCCCUUAUUCAACAUGAACGAAUUCAUACUGGAGAGAAACCCUACAAAUGUAAUGAUUGUGGGAAGGCUUUUACACAAAGCAUGAAUCUUACAGUGCACCAGAGAACUCAUACUGGAGAAAAACCCUAUGAAUGUAAUGAAUGUNNNNAGGCCUUCAGUCAAAGCAUGCAUCUUAUUGUUCAUCAGAGAAGUCACACUGGAGAAAAACCCUAUGAAUGCAGUGAAUGUGGGAAAGCCUUUAGUAAAAGCUCAACUCUCACUCUACAUCAGCGAAAUCACACUGGAGAAAAACCCUACAAAUGUAACAAGUGCGGUAAAUCCUUUAGUCAAAGUACAUACCUUAUAGAACAUCAGAGACUUCACUCUGGAGUAAAACCUUUUGAAUGUAAUCAGUGUGGAAAAGCUUUCAGUAAGAAUUCUUCCCUUACUCAGCAUCGUAGAAUUCACACUGGUGAGAAACCUUAUGAGUGUAUGAUCUGUGGAAAGCAUUUCACUGGGAGAUCAUCUUUAACUGUACACCAAGUUAUACACACUGGAGAAAAGCCCUAUGAGUGCACUGAAUGUGGAAAGGCCUUCAGUCAAAGUGCAUAUCUUAUUGAACAUCAAAGAAUUCAUACUGGUGAAAAACCCUAUGAAUGUGAUCAGUGUGGAAAAGCUUUCAUUAAGAAUUCAUCCCUUAUAGUCCACCAGAGGAUACAUACAGGAGAGAAACCCUAUAAGUGUAAUGAAUGUGGAAAAUCCUUCAGUAGGAGUACAAACCUUACAAGACAUCAGAGGACUCAUACAUGAGAAAAGUUUUCACCAACCCCUUUGUUUUAAUUAAUUUUUUGAUACUAAUUAGAUUUCACAUUGAUGUAGAUUCUUAGUAAUCAUAACUAAUGUGGUAACCUUCUAGUUGAACUACAAUGUAGCAUACCAGAUAAAACUAUAGAAGAGUAACUGUAUGAUAAUGGAGAACACGUGACUCAGAAUUGAGUUAACUUAAGAUUUGAGCAGCUAAGACAUAAAUGAUGAAGACUUAGGCUGAAGAUAACCUCUAUUGUGUCACACUGGGAAACCUGAACUAGGCAUCGCAGAGUUCACUUUGGAUGGAUAAUGUGAUAGUGAUAAACUAGACAGCCAAAUAAUGUGGUUCAACCUAGUUCUAACCUCUCAUUAGCUUGAACUAGACAUGGUGUCUUUAUCCAGUAAUGAGAGAUUUGGACUAAAGAAGGUAUGUAGGGUCUUUAUUAGCCCAAAUGCCCAACACGGAGAUGCAGGGAACUUUUUGGUAAUUGCUGUUGUAUUUGCUAUGGAGAUGUUUUUAUUUCAUAGUAUUGUUUUAGGUUAAAGUUGUCUACCUCUGAUUGUCCUUCAGAUCCCCAAAUUACUAUCUCUCUUAAAAUGUAGGCUAGUUGCUACUGGGUGGCAGAUGAAUUGUGCAUAUUUUAAUGCCAUAGCAUGCUGUUUUGAAUUCUCAACUAAUAGUCAUUAAACUGUUGUUGAAUAUAUUUACUAUAUUUAGAUGACAAUGUGACUUAAAUAUGAUCUUUAAUUACCUAGGAAUCAAAUACAUAUCUUUUUGAAUUAUUGGACAGUCAUAGAAAUUUAAAUUUAGAUGAAUUGAACACUAAUUGUACUGGACAGAUUUAUGUCAACUUGACACGAACUAAGAGAAGGGAAUCUCAGUUAAGAAAAUGCCUCUAUAAGAUUGGGCUAUAGGCAUGCCUGUAGGAGGCAUUUUCUUAAUUAGUGACUGAUGGGGGAGGACCAUUGUGGAUGGUCCUGGGUUCCAUACAAAAGCAGGCUGAGCAAAGUGCACUCCUCCCUGGCCUCUGCAUCAGCUUCUGCCUCCAGGUUCCUGCCUUGUUUAGUUCCUGUCCUGACUCUUUUGGUGACGAACAGUGAUGUGAACAUGUAAGCCAAAUAAACCCUCUCCUCCACAA